AUGGCUGCUAUUAUAAUAGCAUUCACAAUUAUCUCAAUUGCUUUCCUCAAGCUUGGUAUAAAAGGAUCAAAUAUCGAUUCCCUCCCUAAACAUCAGGAAAUUGAAAUUGAAUUUGUAACAUAUGAAGUAAGACCCUAUGUUUCGGGCAUACGAGUUAUCAGCAUGCCAAGCAAAAAUAGUUUAAUAAGCUAUUCAGAAUCAGGUGCUACAAUAAUUUAUCCAGAUUCACGAGCACGUAUUGUAAUGUUCGGUUAUCAUCUUGAUAAAAUCGGUAUCAUAUCACUUACAACAGGCAAUUGCUUUAAUUCGGUGGUAAACAUUUCUCGUCCUGAAUUUCUCAUUCAAACUGUCAAACGACUUGAUUUUGUUGCAUAUUUCGCUAAGUCAGACGAACCAUAUCACAUUUGCUAUAAGGAACGGAUGAGCAGGAAGGAAUCAAGAGAAGAAGAAGAUAUGAUUAUGAUGGAUGAAUCGCGUAAUUCAAUAGUUACGGAAGCACCAGCUCGCAUAUAUUAUCUACCUAUAUACCUGCAAAUCAGUAUUAUUUUUAUGCUCUUCUGUCUCUCUGCUUUAUUUUCAGGCCUUAACCUGGGCCUUAUGGCUCUUUCACCUCAAGAACUGAUGUUAAUACAAAAAUGUGGCUCAAAAAUGGAACGGAAAUAUGCAGAAAUCAUACUGCCGGUACGACAAUCAGGUAACUAUCUGUUAUGUACAAUAUUAAUUAUGAAUGUGGUGGUGAAUGCAGCCAUUUCAAUAUUAUUCGAAGAUAUGACAAGUGGAAUGAUUGCAUUUAUUGUUUCAUCCGUUGGAAUUGUUGUCAUUGGCGAAAUCAUUCCACAAAGUAUCUGUGUUAAGAAAGGCCUAGCAGUUGGUGCAUACACAAUAUGGUUGACGCGGACAUUUAUGAUUCUCACAUUUCCUUUCUCUUAUCCGAUUAGCAAAAUUCUAGAUGUUUUCUUAGGUGAAGAUACCCCGGUAUAUGAUCGAUGCAAGCUGAUAAAUUUAAUGAAAAUGACUGCAUGCGAAGAGAAUCAGGAGUUAGCAGCUGAUUUGAAAAUAGCCGUUGGUGCUAUGGAAAUAAGCGAGAAAACAGUGGGUGAUGUGCUUACUAAAAUUGAGGACGUAUUCAUGUUAUCUGAAGAUACAAUCAUGGGCACAGCAACAGUUCUCGAAAUUCUGAGACAUGGCUAUUCCAGAAUACCAAUCUAUGCAGAUGACGAUCGGAAUAAUAUCAAAGCUCUUCUCAUGGUGAAGGAUUUGGCUUUGAUCGAUCCACGUGACAAUCUCACAGUCAAAACAAUUUGCGAAUUUCAUCAUUAUCCAUUGCGAUUUGUUGAAGCAAGCAAACCGCUGCAUUCCAUGCUUGAUGAAUUCAAAGCAGGUAAUUACCAUUUGGCUAUUGUUGAGAGUGUACAAAGCAUGUAUGAUCGAAAAAUAAGUCAACAGACAAAGAAUCUACUUGGUAUUGUAACGCUAGAAGAUAUUGUAGAGGAAAUUUUGCAAGCGGAGAUCAUUGAUGAAAGUGAUUCGGUUACUGAUAAUAUGUAUAGAUCAAAAAGGAAACGUGUUAAGGAACCAUGUUUUACUAAAUUUUUAACAAAUGAAGAGUACGGCAAAAAAUUAUCAUUGCAUAUGGAACAGAUGACAAUACAUUUUCUACAACAACAUCAUGUAAUCUUCAGUGAUGAAUACGUCGAUCGACAAGUUUUGUCUCAUUUGCUCAAGAGUAAUAUCAGACAGAUUGAUAUGUCACACUCACCACGAAUAAUAGGUUAUUCAGCAAAACAACGUGAAACAAUACCAAUAUAUUGCAUGAAUACACCGGCAUUUCGUUUUGUUGUAGUUCUAGAAGGCCGCGCUAUAGUUAAAUUAAGAAAUAUGGAGUUUGAAAUUGGCCCUUGGACAUCGUUUGGAAAAGAAAUUUUAGAUCAGAUAGAUGAACUUAUCAAUGGUAAUUUGAUAACCGACGAAAGUGAUUUAUUAGAUUCAAAAUCAGAGCUUAUUAAUUCAAUUCAAUUCAAUCCGGAUUUUGAUCUUUUUGUGACAGAUUUCUGUCGAUUUUUGCAUCUCACGGUAUCUACCUACCUGAAUGCCAUCAAAGCAACUAAAAUCGCUCGUAUGGCACGGAAUGAACAAGACUCCAUCAAAUCGAUCCUCAAACCUUCACUUUGCCCAGCAACUCAAUCGCUAUAA